GGUAAGAGAGAGAGAGGGGGGAUCACAAGAGAGAGUGAAAGAGACGGAAGGGGAGAGGAAACCGCAGAUCCAAAGGCAGAGAGACAACCCAGAAGCAGAAGCAUAAUGAACAGCACACAAGAAGAAAGUAGUGGCAAGAAACUAACAUGGAUCGAGUGUAUAUGGCCAGUCAUAGAACAUCUCCUGACUUGCAAAGAAGAAGAACAAAGCAACGACAAAAAGGAACAUCAUGCAGAUGAUGACAAUGAGGGAAGAGUAAUAAAACGAAGUAGUGGCAACAGAAAAGUGCAAAUUGCAUAUGAUGAUGAUGAUGAUGAGAGAAAAGUGAAGAACAAUAAUGGAGAUGGAAGCAACAACAAUGAAAAUGCAGAUAUUGAAGAUGGUGAUGAGAGAGUAAAGAACGUUAAUGAAGGAGGAAGUAGCACUAGCAAAAGGUUGCAGAUUCUAGAUGAUGGUGAUGGUGAUGAGAAAAGAGAAAUGAACAUUGAAGAAGAAGGAAGCCUUUGCAACAAAUGGUCACAAAUUGGAGAUGAUGUCUUGGGUUUCAUUCUAAAACACUUAGGGAUCAUUGAUUACCUUCAAACCCUAGCUGUAUGCUCUAAUUGGAGAUCUACAGUCGAUAAAUGCAUUGCUAACAAACAUUGUCUUCCAUCACCAGAACUGCCACUUCUUUUUCUCCAAACAAUGGAGAUGAAAAAUCUUCCCUUCUUUGACUUGCCUAGAGGAAGAGUCUUCAACUCCACAGGGUUUCCCCAUGAAUUCUUCCAUCAUUGCUAUGGCACAAUAAGAGUUUGGAUGAUCAUGGUUGAAUCUAUCAACAAUUCUUUUGAUGAAGUUCAAGAAAUUGAUGCACUAAUCUUCUUCUUCAACCUGGUAACAAAUGCUAAGGUCUAUAUGUCAUCAAGGUUAAAAGUGAAAAGUAAAAUUAAGAAUAUUGUGGCAUCAACGGAACCCAAUGACCCAAACUGUGUUGUGGUGUGUCUCUUUUAUUGUCAAUUUGUGUUUGCAUUUAGUUGGAUUUCUAAUGAGUCAUGGACUAUCGUUCAAGAAUAUGUGUCUACAGCAUUGACAUUCUUGCACGUAGAGAUUAUUGAUGGUAAAUUGUAUGCUUUGACACACUCAGUAUUAAAUUCUAUAGUUUUUUAUGAUUUGCGAAGAGAACCUGUAAAACCCAGAAUAUUAGCAAGGCUUCCUGAAAUAGGAUUUGCCACAAUGAGAUUGAAAACGAGUACCCAAGACUUCCCUUAUGAUGGUGAUGGUGGCAUUAUUAAUGCUUGGGAAGCUCAAGGUGACAUUCUUAAGACUUUGGCAGUUGACUCUUCAUCAGGAGAGUUAUUCCUUAUUUAUUUGGUUUGCAACUCAAUCUUUAGGUUCAAGAGAAUGCUUAAUGAUACGGUAGGAAAGGAGUAUACCAAUCCACCCAAAAUUGUAGAUAGUCGAGUGUUUAAGUUAGACAUGAAUAAAGAACCUAGAUGGAUAGAAGUUAAAAACUUGAGAAAUCGCAUGUUGUUUAUUGGGUUUUGGAAAAGUUUUGUGGUGUCAAAUGUUUCUCUUCAAUGCCCUAAAGAGUUUAUCAAAGGAAAUUGUAUCUAUUUUGCCUAUCAUUUUCCAUGUGUUAAGGGUAUCAUAGAUGAAUGGAAAGGCUUGAGAAUUGGGAGGCAUUGUAGGACAGAUAGAAUGGUUGAUUACUAUACAUUUGAAAGAUCAAGCUUCAAUGAGGUGCCAUAUCCAGUUUGGUUCAUACCAAGUCUUUCAUGA